UCGAAAUGUCUGACCAUAGAAAAUUUGGUAGGGAGCUUCAUUUCUCUGGCUCUCUUUCUUCAUCAAUUUCUCCGAAGCUUCCCCGUUUUCAGCCCUUUUAUAUUAAUUAUCUCUUUUCUUUAUAGAUAAUAUUUACACGGAAAUGGAGUCCGAUUCGUGGUCUCGGAUUUCGAGUUACUCUAGGCGUUAUCGAUCUCGAUCAGAUGUAUAUCAUGGAGAAGAGUUUGAAGGAGAGGAAGAGCUCAAGUCCGAGUUUCUCUGUCCAUUUUGCAGUGAGGAUUUUGAUGUAUUAGGGCUUUGUUGUCAUGUUGAUGAAGAGCACCCCGUUGAAGCUAAGAAUGGGGUAUGUCCCAUUUGUGCAAAAAGGGUCGGAUCAGAUUUGGUUCACCAUCUGACCAUGCAGCAUGCAAGUUUACUAAAGGUGCAGCGAAGGAGAAGACUGAGGAAAGGUGUAUCUAAUUUUCCACUUUCCAUCUUCAGAAGAGAGUUGAGGGAUGGAGGAAGCCUACAUUCCCUUCUUGGUGGAUCUUCAAUUCCGGUUUCUUCCUCACAUAUAGAACCCGACCCACUGUUAACGUCGUUCAUAUACAAUCCACCCGAUGCUGAUGAGUCAUCAAGUGUUCGACCUUUAUCAUCUGUCGAGGAGUGCACAGUUGUCGACAACCAUGCAGGGGAUUUGUGCAACAGAGUCGUGCAAAAGUGCCCAUUGUCGGAUGAAGAUCUGAGGGAGAAGACUCGAAGGUGUGAAUUCGUGCGGGGCCUUGUGAUGUCGACUUUUCUUGAUGAUUUAUGAGCAAUGAUAUAUGGGGGGGUUUUGAAAAUGGAGACCUAUUUUCGGAGAGAUUAAGGUUGUGAGGAAACAGCCAGAGUGAGGAAAUAGAGCUAAGUUGUCUCUUUCUACCUAGUAUGUGAUGUAUGUGACAACAUAUUUAUGUGCAGAAUAAAACUAUGAAUCUACUAGUAUGUAAUAUGCAUUUAUAUGCAUGUUGUUUUCACAUAAGCCCAUCCUUUGGAUGUGGUGUAA